GAAGCGAGUCCAGACCAAGGAGACCCGUUUUUACAAUGCGUACAGGAGAAAGGUUACUGUGUGCAGCGGGAAGUAUAUUCAAUGACCUCUGCAAGUGCAUGUUUUUAUUUUCUCUCCUAUUUUUCAUGGAGGUAGUGGAACUUUCAGCUGCGAACACUGGACUUAUAAUACUCCUUGGACAAAUUGUCGACGCGUUGACUUCAGUAAUCUCUGGUUACCUUGGUGAUAUGGUUAAAGUACCCGUUCUUUCACAGAAAAUUGGAAAGCGAAAAUCUUGGCAUCUUAUGGCAACAGUUUUUAUGGGAAUCGUACUUCCUCUCUGCUUCAACCGUUGCUUUCUCUGUACUGGAAGUCAUCAAACUUGGCUUCCCACCGUCUAUUACGGUUUCUUAUUUUCACUGUUUUGUAUGUGUUUCAGCGUAGUGGAGAUAAAUCACCUGGCUUUCAUCACAGCUACAGCUGUUUCGGUUGAGGAACAAACAGAUCUUAGCGCCAUGAGGACAAUGUUCAGCUUCCUGAGUGGUAUUUACAUAUACGUGAUCGCUUGGGGUAUUUUCGGACACGACCAUAGCGUUACUCUGGGACCUCAGAGCCUUUCAGAUUUUGUGUAUCUCUCUUGGAUUGCUACUGGAACAGGACUCUUCUUUGCAGCCAUCUUCCACAUUGGUACAAAGGAACAUCAAAAACGUCAGAGUAAAGAAAGCGCCAUAACGGAUCUUACGAAAGCUCCUGGAGUAGUCAUUGAAGAGUUUGGACCCGAAGAUGCCAAUUCGAGACGGACCAGUCUUGCUUUUAAGUUUACUGACACGGUUAUGGCUUCAACUGAAUAUGAAGAACAUCGAAGUGAGAUGAACAGAUGUGGAGAAACCAAAAGCCAUGAAAUGCGUAUCAGAAAACGAAGUCUUCUGCAGAAGUUUGCUGUUGCUAUGUUUGCCGACGGGAAAAUUGAUAACACUGAUCGAAAUCAUGAUCAGCCGUGGUCUUCGGAAGAGGAGACCACUAAGAAUCCAGAAAGUGAGGAUACAAAAAUACGAGUUGCUUUAGAAGUACAGCAUCUUGAUCGUGAACGCAAGAAGAGUCCACUAAUGCUUGAUUUUGACGGCAUCCUGUUAAGAUUACAACACGAAGAGCACAAACAACCAACAGGUUUUGCUGUCAUGGAAAACCAAGUUACAAUGGACGGUAUAGCCGACGAUCAUGCAACUGAUGAGGAGUCGUGGAACGUUAGACAAGAAGAGAUCAAAAACACCACUGAAGCAGAUAUGUGGAAAAUGACCAACAGUGCGGCCCCCAAAACACCUUUUUGUACCGCAUUUAAGCAAAGAAAACAUGGAAUGGUGCUUAUUCCGGAUGAUGGUAAAUUUGGUCUCUCUAACUCUGGAUUUGAAGAUGAUGGAGGUGGUAAUGAUAAGAAGGAAAGCCUCUGCGGUACAUCAGUUAGGAAGCAAAAAAAGUCUGUGACUUUCGAUCCUUCUGACCUUCUUGAAAUGUCGUCAAUGAACGGAACAGAACGACAGGGAAUAAAUCUCGAUCACACGCCUGACAACAAAACGAGUUUGGAUAAAAAUAUUCCAAAACAACACGGCAGAAAAAUAGAAAGAACCGAAGGUUGCGAUACCACAGAAAAUUCGUUAACUUCAGGGGAUAACCCUGAUCUUCUUGGUCUCCCUGUUCAAUCGACAAGUUCUCCAUCAGAGGGUAGACGUCCAAAAGGAAUCAAAAACUGGCUAAAAGAGCCACACGUGUAUAUGGUAGCCAUUAUCUUUACAUGUACACGCCUUGCGCAGGACUCUGUACACGGCUAUUUACCGCUAUUCCUCACAGAGGGAUUAUUAUUUCCCAAGGCAGCUACCGCUUAUUUUCCACUCGUUCUCCUAACCAGUGGCUCUGUAGCGAGUUCAGCCUGUAACAAACUGAAAAGGAAAAUUGGAAGUACGUGGAGCUACCUUCUGGCAAGUUUAUUAGUGAUGGGUGGCGUUGUUUGGAGCUAUUUUCAAACCCUCUCCACCAGACAAUCAACGUAUGCACCAGUGUUUAUGAUAGGAAGUGGUCUGUCCAUUAUGUGCGUCAUGGCACUGGUCUUCAUCACUGAGCUGAUCGGGGAAAAUAAGGAAACCAGUGGAUCAGUGUUUUCCAUUAUCACUGUAAUCGCCAGAAUCUCAAGCGGUGCACUUAUCAUUGGUAUACAAGAAUUUUAUCCGGAAGAAAGAACCAGCUCAAAUGAGGCAGUUAGCAACUACGUACGGCAUGUGUUUGUAAUGGCGCCUGGAGUAUUAACUCUGGUGGCAUUCUUGCUGGUUUUGUUUUUCCAAUCAUCUAACUUUAUCUGCAAAAGUAAAGUUUCAGAAGAUGUUGAGGCUCUACACGGCCAAUCGUCUUUUGAUGUUCAAGUUAACCAAUGUCCAUCGGGAGUCAAAGCAACGUCAAACCACAGCUUGGAUGAUAGUCACAAUACCUCCAUCGUGGUGGUGGAUUCUUGUUCUGAGGACUCAAAGCUUUGAAUUCUUUGAAAAUUGCAUUAUGUGUAGAGGUUCUAUCAAGUUAAAAUCAAAGAGAUUGUAAAGUUCAUUUCUGUCUGUUAUUGUUUAGAUUUUACAUGAAAAGUUUUGCGAUCGUAGAAUUCCGUAAAAUAAAAGGAGACAAGUCGUAAUAACUUCUCGCACCAAGAUGGACGAGAGUGUACUUUUCCUAAAUUUUAGAUAAAUAGUGAUCUUCUAUAUUUAAUAAUUAUAACAAUAUCAUUGUAUCUUAAUUGAAAAUGAGUCUAUCAAUUUUCAAAAUGUUUUCACAUUUUCUUGUUUUCUAUUGAUAGCUCAAAAUUU